AGCAAACGUGUUUUGUAUUGUAGACGCAAAUGGAACCCUGAAAAGUACAACAAAGAUCUUGAGUUGGUGCUGAAUCAGCCAAUGCUAGCAAUAAUCAAACGGCGUUUCAAGAAUACCCUCAUUGUCAACUUAAAUUACAAAACUGAUGCUGUUAUUCCCCACUCCACAUCUUUGAGACCUGACCAGAAAGUGGGGACACCUAUCAAAGUCAUUCUCACAUCUCUAGAACCUUUGAAUGGUCGAUUAGCUGAGCCCCUCAUUCGUCGUAAACGUUCACUAUCAACUUCAGCUGCUCCAGGUAGUGAGGCAGAAGGCCCUGUUUCGAAGAAACGCAACCGCAACACUUCGCUUCAUCUCCCAGGAAAUGAACCUUUGCCAACCAUUUCAGAUAUGCAUGCUCGCUAUGCCGACUUCCUUCCACUCGUGAGAAAUGCUAAUCAAGAGGAGGAGAAGGAAAAAACAGAGAUUGUUCAUACUCCUGAGAUUGAGAAGGAGAUUGAUGACCUAGAUGUGGAAAUGGUUGACGUAUCCAAGAAAGAUGAACAGCCAACCACUAAUUUAUCCGCAGUCAAAAACGAGGCUCGGUUAGCGGAGAUUGCCAAGGCAACAAGUUUGGCAGGUCAGGACGCCAACGCGAAAAUUCCCCGCAUGACCACUGUGGAAGAAUUCGAAGUGGCCGUUCGAAACGCCCCACAAAACGCACGUCUCUGGUCGCUCUACGCAGCCCACUACCAAGCGGCUGGUGAUCUUAAUCGAGCUAGAGGCGUCCUCAGACGUGCUCUUAAUUCUCCUUUCGCCAGCAAUUUGGGUUCCGAGGAGUUUGUGGGCAAUGUACUACUCGCCUCCCUGCGUUUAGAGAGCACUGCUGCACUUGCAGUCGGAUUGUCGCAAGUUACUGAGGAAGGAAAGCGAAAUCUUGAGGAGGCUAUCCGUAGAAUUGAACAAAUUGAUAAGCUAGACUUGAUUGGCAAAGCCAUCGGUCUUCUCUCUACUAUGGGUCUGCAUGAGCAAGCUGAUGCGCUGUCGAGGAAGUUUGUGAAGAGGCAUUCCAUGGUGCCAGAUGCUUGGCUUAACCUUGUUCGAGCUCGGUUUAGGGCCGGCAAUGUUGCUGGGGCUAGAGAGGCUCAAAGAAACGCUGGACAAACAUUGAAUAUGUCGCAGAUUCCACAAUUCGCUAUUGGUUGCGCACGACUCGAGUAUACGUUUGGUGAUUUUGGUAGAGCCGUCAAGCUGAUGGAAGAGCAGAUAGCGGCGCAUCCUCAAAGAAAAUCCCUCUACACCAGCUACAUUCGAUUGCUUCUCCAAGCUGCAAAGAGGAAGGAAGCAGAGUAG